GACCGCUGAAACCUACCCGGGCAUCAGCUGACCCAGAAGCAGAGGCCGGGACUGCUCCGUCAUCGCCGCCUGCCCCGGGCCCUGCAGCAGCAGCCCCCGCGCCCCCAGCCCCGCCGCCGCCGCUGCCAUGCAGCCCUCCAGGCUGUGCCUCCUGCUGUGCGCGGCCGCCGCCCUCCUGGCACCCGCCUGCGCCCUCAUCCGAAUCCCCCUGCACAAAUUCAAGUCCAUCCGCCAGACCCUGAGGGAGGCAGGCAGCCCUGUGGAGCUGGCCAGGGAGCCCCUCUCCAAGUACGCCCUGGGAGGCCUUCCUGUCACUGAUGGCCCCAUCCCAGAAAUGCUCAAGAAUUACAUGGAUGCUCAGUACUAUGGAGCCAUCGGCAUCGGAACUCCCCCCCAGGAAUUCACUGUUGUCUUUGACACGGGCUCCUCCAACCUGUGGGUGCCGUCCAUCCACUGCUACUUUUGGGACAUCGCCUGCUGGCUGCAUCAUAAAUACAAUGGGAGUAAAUCCAGCACCUAUGUGAAGAACGGGACUGGUUUUGCCAUCCACUAUGGCUCAGGGAGCCUCUCGGGUUACCUGAGCAAGGACACCGUCAUGCUCCCCUAUUGCUCAGAGGAGGAAGGCUCAAAAAUCAGCUGUCUGAAGGUGAAGGAGCAGACGUUUGGGGAAGCCACCAAGCAGCCCGGCGUCACCUUCAUCGCGGCCAAGUUUGAUGGCAUCCUGGGCAUGGCCUUCCCCCGCAUUUCCGUGGACUCCGUCAUGCCGGUCUUUGACAAUCUCAUGAAACAGAAGCUGGUGGAGGAGAAUGUGUUUUCCUUCUACCUGAACAGGGACCCCACCGCCCAGCCUGGAGGGGAGCUGAUGUUCGGGGGCACAGAUAGCAAGUACUAUGAGGGAGAGUUCACCUACCUCAACAUCACUCGGCAGGCGUAUUGGCAAGUCCACAUGGACACGGUGGAGGUGGAAAAUUCCCUGACCCUGUGCAAAGAUGGCUGCGAGGCCAUUGUGGACACGGGCACCUCUCUCAUCACUGGCCCUGUAGAAGAGAUCAAGAAACUGCACAAAACGCUUGGGGCACUGCCUCUGAUCCAGGGGGAGUACAUGUUCCCCUGUGAGAAGGUGACCAGCCUCUUACCUGUCUCCUUCAUGCUGGGGAAAAAGGCUUUUAAACUCACAGGAGAACAAUAUGUCCUGAAGGUGAGCCAGGCUGGACAAACCGUGUGCCUGAGUGGCUUCAUGGGCAUGGAUAUCCCCCCACCGGGGGGACCCCUCUGGAUCCUGGGCGAUGUCUUCAUUGGCCAGUACUACACCAUCUUUGACCGGGACAACAACCGCGUGGGCUUCGCCAAGGCCCGCUGACCGCCUCUCCUGUCUCGCCCUCUCCCUCCCCUCUCCGCUGGGGUGGGGGGGACUUCUAUCAGAAAAAUGUAGAAAGAAUAUGGUCCAGACAAACCACUGUCCCCUCCAGCCCUCAUGAUGCCUAUCCACCACUUCCCGGGGCUCCUGGAGCCCCCUGCCCCCUCCCCCACUACUCUGCUGUAGUCUGAGGCUUCCUGUUCACGGGCUCCUUCCCCCAGAACCCCCCAGUCCCCACACUCGCGGGCAUAGGCAGAGCAGGACCAGAGCUGCUGCUGAGAGGUUUCUGUCUGUGUCCUCAGACCUUUGGGGAGAGAGGUUGAAAGCAGAGGGGGCAGGAGUCUUGGGUCAGCCCCCGGGAGAGGAGAAGCCUCCCCCAGCCUCCAUGCUGCAGGGCCUUGGGCUUCAUUCACUUCACCUCCCAUGAGGCUGAGCCCAGAGUGUUGGCCUGGGGCCUUGUCGCCUGGCUUCUGCUGUGAUCUCCUGCCUCCCAGGUCUGAGUGGAGGGAGGACUGGGGAUCCCAGAGCCCCAGCUCCAGCCCAGGAGGUCACAUCCUGCCUGAAAUGCCAUCUAGGACCUUGGGGCAGCAUGUGCGCCCCAAGGCCCUGGGGAUGGGGGGUAGCUCUGGGCUCCCCAAGGCCCUGGGGAUGGGGGGGCAGCUCUGGGCUCCACUCGGGAUGUGAAGCUGGGACCUCCAGCCCCUCCCCCAGCCCUCAUAUCUCACUGCUGUGAUUGUAAACAGUUGGAAUAAAAAUAAAGGCUUUGGGGGGACCUUU